AUGGCCUUAGAAGCAAGUAAUAGAGCUAAGGAAGAGAUUAGCCGGUAUGAGCUCACAACUUCAACUAACUCAAAGACGACUACUGAUGAAUUCCUCAAGUGUAAGGAAAAAAAUGAAAACGGCUAUGAUAAAACUACUGAUGGUAAGGAGGCAGCUAUUUUGAGUGCAAAUGAUUUUUUGAAUCAGCAAUGUGUAAGUUAUGAAGAAGCGUACCAAUGUUAUGUAAGGUAUGCCAAGUGUGUGGGGUUUGGAGUUCGAAAGGGGGAUGCGGCUGCUGAUAGUAUUGGCAAUUAUGUUCGACGUAAAUUCUUGUGCAAUAGAGCAGGUGUGAGAGAGAAGAAAUGCUACGCAACUACUAGUAAGAUAAGAAAGCAGAAGCCUGAGACCAGAACAAAUUGUAAUGCAAUGUUGUCAAUUUAUCUUGACAAGAGUUGUUCAAUGUGGAAAGUUAGAAAGAUUGUGGAGGAUCAUAACCACCCUUUGAUAUUGCUUAAAUUAGUUCACCAAAUUUCAAAUUAUCGUACAAUGAUAGAUGCAGACAAAGCACAAGUGGAUAGCAUGCAUAGACAUGGCCUCCCACCUUCGAAGAUCAUGGGUCUUAUUGCUGGACAAGCCGGUGGUUAUGAAUUUGCAAAAGAUUUGGAUAACUAUAUUGAAAGAAAUCUACGUUCAAAGAUCAUUGAAGGAGAUGUAAAUGCAACUCUUAAUUAUUUGCAUGGAAAAGCAGAGGAUGAACCUAUAAUGAUUGUGAGACAUAGUUUAACAGAUGACGAUAAAUUGGAGCAUUUAUUCUGGGCGGAUGAUUUAAGUCAAUUUGACUAUCAAUAUUUUGGUGAUGUUCUAGCAUUUGAUUCUACCUAA